ACUCAGGUAUGAAACCCCGAUGCGCAUGCCCCAGGUAAACCCUAACCGUUCGAUAGAUACAAUCGAUGACUUUCAAUUCAGCUCGCCAAGUGUGUACACGUGUUUACGUGUUCGGAUGGCUAAUGCCCAACUUCGUUCGCCGGGGCCUGGACAGGCUACGCCGGCUCAUGACGAGAGAGAAAGCUCACCCGCAGAGGCGGUUGAGAGCGAUAAUACAAAGGUAGAUGAGUCAGAGGACUCUCAAUGUGAAGUAGACCAUAUCUCUGUGGCUGAUAAGACAGAGGAUGAUUUUAGACGGCAGUGUUCGUCAGAGCAAAUUCGGAAUGAUAAAAGUAAGUCCGGCGAUGUUUCUAUCAGAACACGCUCAAGCUCUAGAAAACGCAAGAAAAGCAAAACAUCUACUGAUUCAAGCUCAAGUUCCUCUAGUUCUAGUUCCUCUAGCUCCUCCUCAAGCUCUAGUUCCGAGUCUGACUCGGACUCUGAUUUAUUCUUAUGUUCUGAGAGCACAAAUUCUAAGCCAAAAAUCCCUAAAAAGAUUCUUAAAUUUGUCACCAAGUACGCAACAAAAGGGAUUAACAAAAAGAACAGACAGACUAUUGCUAAGAUUUGUCCCAUACCUCAUUCUAAAAAGCUUCAGGGCUUGUCUUUGGACAGAUUUUUAAAGAAAAUAUUUUUCAAGGGUAAAAAAUGGAAUGGAAAGUUAGAGAAAAAUAAAGUAAAUACCCAGAUGAGAAUUUUAGAUGCUUUAGGGCCACUUUCGGUUUUAUGGAGCGAGACAGAGCGAAUAAGCAAAACGGGCAAGGGCAUGGACCCCUCUGAUGUUAUUCAGUUUGUCCAAAGAGCGAUUAUGUUUGUAGGGAAUGCCCAUUUCCUUUUCAAUACGGAUAAGCGUAGGGCAGUGUUAGCUAAAACAAUGCCAGAAUCUGUAGAUGUGCUUUCUGAAAAAAGGUACAAGAAAUCAUUGGGAAAAUGUAAAAGUGAUUUAUUUGGGAAACAUUUUCUUAAACAAUUAGCGAAAGAUAACAAAGAUAAUAGAGAAUUAAAACAGCUAUUGUCUAAUGGCAGUGAUAAGAAAGUUUGGUCACAAACAAGACAGUUUUCUGACAGAAACCGCCAGUUUUUUCUACAGAGACCCUCAUCAAGCCUCCAGUAUGGGGGUCGCAGACAGACAGACAGGAGGCAGUUCACUCAGAAUCAGAGAUACACACAGUACCCACAAUUCAAGGGUCAGGGAGCAAACCAGAAAUAUACAGUGCCUCCCAAGAAAUCAGUCACUCAGUGAAUCAGGUGAGUCUAAAACGGGUAGAAUUAUCAGAGAUCGAACGGAAUCUAUCAAAAUUCCUGUUUUUCAAUGCUGUAGAAAUUCCCCAGUCAGUGCCAGUUGGGGGACGUGUAAAACAUUUCUAUCAGAAUUGGAAAGUAAUUACACGGGAUCCUUGGAUCCUUCAAUCAAUCAAAGGGAUAGAAAUUCCCCUAUUAUCAAAUCCUUUCCAGGGAAAAAUUC